GAAGCAGUUGCUCACUGAAACCUCUUUAGGGAGGAUUUCCUGCUCCCCCAGUCUCUGAAAAAAAUGAUGGGAAAGAGAUUCAGUCUUUCUGCGUUCCCAUAAGGAGAAUGUGACGUUCCUGCAAGGGUCAUGUUCCUGCAGUAUUUCUAAGCUCAUGCUGUCCCUGGACAUCCAGGAAAUAAGGAUAGGUAAUAGAAGCCAUAUGGAAAAUGAGGUAUUUCAAGAUAAUAACUGUACCCAGACUCUGGAGUACGCGGUGAGGUGACUAGCCUAAGUGACCAAGUCUCUUCUGUAGUCUUAUAUUGAUUCAAUUCCUGUUUCUGCUCUGACUCUGCAUUUUCUUUGCUGCUUUUUUCAGCACGACUGAACCAUGGAGCUUCGAGUGGGGAACAAAUACCGGCUGGGCAGAAAGAUUGGCAGUGGUUCAUUUGGAGACAUAUAUCUGGGAGCCAAUAUUGCAACUGGUGAAGAGGUGGCCAUCAAAUUGGAAUGUGUCAAAACCAAGCAUCCCCAGCUCCACAUCGAAAGCAAGUUCUACAAGAUGAUGCAAGGAGGAGUGGGUAUCCCCUCCAUUAAAUGGUGUGGAGCAGAGGGGGACUAUAACGUGAUGGUGAUGGAGCUCUUGGGACCCAGCCUGGAAGAUCUCUUCAACUUCUGUUCCCGCAAAUUUAGUCUCAAGACAGUUCUGCUCCUGGCAGACCAGAUGAUCAGCCGUAUUGAGUACAUUCAUUCCAAGAACUUCAUCCACCGGGAUGUGAAGCCAGACAACUUCCUUAUGGGGCUGGGCAAAAAAGGCAACCUAGUAUACAUCAUUGAUUUCGGCUUGGCCAAGAAAUACCGAGACGCCCGGACCCACCAGCACAUCCCUUACCGGGAAAACAAGAAUCUGACUGGCACAGCCCGCUAUGCCUCUAUCAACACCCACCUGGGAAUUGAACAAAGUCGCCGUGAUGACCUGGAGAGCCUGGGCUACGUGCUCAUGUAUUUCAACCUGGGUUCGUUGCCCUGGCAAGGCCUCAAGGCUGCCACCAAGCGCCAAAAGUACGAGAGGAUCAGCGAGAAAAAGAUGUCAACGCCCAUUGAGGUGCUCUGCAAAGGGUACCCUUCCGAGUUCUCGACAUACCUCAACUUCUGCCGCUCUCUGAGGUUUGAUGACAAACCUGACUACUCAUACCUGCGGCAGCUCUUCCGCAACCUCUUCCACCGCCAGGGCUUUUCCUAUGACUACGUCUUUGACUGGAACAUGCUUAAAUUUCCCCCUGCCCCCCCGGCUGGAGCCACUGCCAACCGUCUUCGCAAUGUUGCCGAGCCCAUGGCCUCUACCCCCACCUCCCGAAUCCAACAGUCCGGAAACACGUCCCCCAGAGCAAUCUCACGAGUGGACAGGGAGCGGAAGGUCAGCAUGAGGUUACACCGAGGAGCUCCUGCCAACGUCUCCUCAUCUGACCUCACAGGGCGGCAAGAAGUGUCACGGAUUUCAGCAUCACAGACAAGCGUGCCAUUUGAUCACCUUGGGAAGUGAGGAGCAAUUGCCACUGGACCAGUGUUUGCUUAGUGUCUUCACUGUAUUUUUCUUUU